GUUCCGAGCGCUGCGCCGCUCUCCUACCGUCGUCGUUUACGCAGGCGAUCUCUCUCUCUCUCACUCCGUCUCUGUGCCAGUAGUAGUCUGUCGCGCGUCUUCCAACUCGUGAGAGACUCGCUCGCCUAUUUCGUGCCUCUUCCGUCCAGAAUCGUCCGGCUUCCCGGGCGGAGAGCUUCGCGCAUUUCGUUUAUCUCUCCUCGAUGGGCCACGAUCGGGGGUCCGAGGGGGCGCUCGACCGCACCGCCGGCGGAGAAACAGUGUGAAAUGCGCGGGAUCUUGUGAUGGCAGAUCACUCCGCGUCGCGGAUCGGCAAGUACGCACGAGACGCCGAUGUGGGGCCGCGGCAACAGCGCGUAAUAAGUAGCCUGCACGGAAGUAUGCGGGAUGCCGUAGCGGGACGCGGAGUCACCCUAAGCGGAUGACAUUCUGAUACAGGCCGACAGGAUCGAUGCCCAUCUCUCGUCCAGCGGAGUCUGUGAGAGUCAUCGGGUGCCGAGUUCGGGACUAGUUCGGCGGGGGUGAUCGCGGCGGCGGACAGAGGAUCGGUUGUUGGUCGCGGUACAAAACGACGAAAGGGAAGAUACCGCUUCGUGAGAGGAAGAGCGGACGCCAUCGUUCACCGGUUAAACCUGCAGUGCGCGAUUCCAGAGUGUAAACAAUUUCGACGGAUUAAUUGAGGCAACGCGCGCGUGGUGGUGGUGGUGGUGCAACGAACGCGCGACGGUCGGCGCGGUUAACUUCUCUCUCAGAGAUUCAGCACGAACCGACUGAGCACGGGCGUCGUCGGUUCUCUCAGCGGGAAGUCGAUUUCGGACUUGAAGUGGACUUCGGUCCGAGUGAAUCCUGUGCGAAGUGGGGCCGACGGAAGGAGAAAGAAGAAGAGGCGGUCGGUCGGUGGUGUGAUGGUCAGGAGAGCAAGCGGUACCGAGCGCAAGCAACGAGUUCGCUAAAGAUGCGUGGGCUCGUCGAAGGCCCCGGGAGAUCGUUGCUGCUGCUGUUCUCGGCCGCCUGUUACUGCCUGCUGGUGCACCGACAGCACCACGUGCUCGCCGUGACGAGCGAGCUGCCGCCGCGCCUGGACCUGCCGGAGCAUUGCUCGUGGGACUCGCGGCAGGAUGGGGCGCUCACCUGCCUGCACGCCGCUCGCAACGACUCGCUGCGAACGAACUUCUCGCAGGCGACCAGCGAGUACGUGACAGCGAUCAACGUCGUGUGCGAGGACUCCGAUCUCGACGGGCUCCUCAGCGUCGACGGUUUCCUCUACCUGUGGCGGCUGCGCUCGCUCAGGCUGACCGGCUGCAAGCUGACGCACUGGCCGGCCAAAUUGCUGAGCGGUCUGCGCGACCUGCGCAAUCUGACGGUGCGGACGCUGAACGGACACAGGACCAAGUACAGCCUGGAGCUGGAGAGCGGCGCGUUCGACGGCACACCGCAGAUUGAGAAGCUCGAUCUGUCUUGGAACAACAUUUGGCAGAUUCCGGACCGGCUGUUCUGCCCGUUGUCCAACCUGGUGACUCUCAAUAUCUCGUGGAAUACGCUCAAGGACAUCUCCGAGCUCGGUUUCCGCGACGACGGCGGCGGCGUUGGUGAGAAACCACCGUCGCGACGUCAACAGGAAUCAACGUCGGCGCCGCUCUCGUGCUCCCUGGACGUGCAGUCGUUGGAUGUGUCGAACAAUCAGAUCUCGGUACUGUCGAGCUACGGUUUCUCCUCGCUGAAGCGUCUGCGGGUGUUGAAUUUAUCCAGCAACGCGAUCUCCAUGGUGGCCGACGAGGCGCUGCGCGGGUUGAGGUCUUUGGAGAGCCUCGACCUGUCGGGCAAUCGGAUUGUCGCGCUGCCGACGGAAAUGUUCCGCGACGCCGCCAAGUCGCUGAAGGAGCUGCGACUUGAGAACAAUUCCAUCAGCGUGCUGUCGCCCGGUCUGGUGGCCGACAUGAAUCAACUGGUCACCCUCGACCUGUCGCACAACGUCCUUACCAGCCAGUGGAUGAACUCGGCGACGUUUUCCGGGCUGAUACGGCUGGUGCUGUUCGACCUCUCUCACAAUCGCAUCGGCAGGCUGGACCCGGCGCUCUUCAAGGACCUCUACACGUUGCAGAUUCUGAAUCUGCAGUUCAACGAGAUCGAGACGAUACCGGCCGACACGUUCUCGCCGAUGAGCAAUCUGCACACCCUCGAGCUCGCGCACAAUCGGCUGACUUACCUGGACGCGUACUCCCUCAACGGGCUGUUCGCGCUGUCGUUGCUCGCGCUGGACUCGAACCUGCUCGAGGGUAUUCACCCGGACGCUUUUCGCAAUUGCUCGAGCAUGCAGGACCUAAACCUGUCCGGCAACAAUCUCGACAGUGUGCCGGUCGCGCUGAAGGACAUGAGGAUACUGCGCACUCUCGAUCUCGGCGAGAAUCAGAUCAGGAGUCUGGGCAGACCCGGCUUCCGCGGCAUGUCCAGCCUCUACGGGCUGCGUAUGAUGGGCAACGAGAUCAGCAACGUCACGCAGGAGGACCUGGCGGAACUGCCGGCCCUGCAGAUACUGAAUCUCGCGCGUAACCGUAUCGAAUACGUCGAGGACGGCGCGUUCGCCGCGAAUCCGUCGCUGCAGGCGAUACGACUCGACUCGAAUCUGUUGCAGGACAUGUCGAGCAUCUUCGCGAGCACGCCCGACCUCCUCUGGCUGAACAUGUCCGACAACAUGAUCGGCCAGUUCAAUUACAGCUACCUGCCCGAGAAAUUGCAAUGGAUGGACCUGCACAAGAACGCGAUCGCCGAGCUCGGCGUUGCGCCCCGGGCGAUGCGGCUGCAGACGCUCGACGCGUCGUUCAACCGGCUCACGCGGAUACACUCGCGCGCGAUCCCGGAUUCGAUCGAGCUGCUGUUCGUAAACGACAACCUCAUACACUCCGUCGAGCCGCAGACUUUCUUCGCCAAGGCGAAUCUCACCCGGGUCGAUCUCUACGCGAACAUGAUCGUCAGGAUGAACCUGUCGGCGUUGCAGUUGGCACAGGUGCCGGCCGGCCGACAGCUGCCGGAGUUCUACAUCGGCGGUAACCCCUUCAUAUGCGACUGCACGACCGAGUGGCUGCAGAGGAUCAAUUCGCUCACGCUGCGUCAGCAUCCGCGGGUGAUGGACCUCGAGUCGGUCUACUGCCGGCUGCCGUACGACCGUCACAGGUCCUUCAUACCGCUGCUCGAGGCCAAGCCCGCCCAGUUCCUCUGCACCUACAAGGCCCACUGCUUCGCCCUCUGCCACUGCUGCGACUUCGACGCGUGCGACUGCGAGAUGACGUGUCCGGCGAAUUGCACCUGCUACCACGACCAGUCCUGGUCGGCGAACGUGGUCGACUGCUCGAGCUCCGGCUACAAGAGCCUGCCGGGCCGAUUGCCGAUGGACGCCACCGAGGUCUACCUGGACGGCAACAAUUUCGGCGAGCUCAACUCCCACUCGUUCAUCGGCCGGAAGAAUCUGCGUAUUCUCUACGCGAACGACAGCAACAUCAUCGCGAUACGCAAUCACACGUUCAGCGGGCUGAAGCGGCUGCUGGUGCUCCAUCUGGAGAACAACAAGAUCAGCGUGCUGAACGGCGUCGAGCUGAUGCCGCUGGAGAACUUGAAGGAACUCUACUUGCAGAACAACCUGCUGGCUUACAUCGACAACGGCACGUUCCUGCCGCUGCGGCAGCUCGAGGUUCUCCGCAUGGAGAACAAUCGACUGGGCACUUUCGCCCUCUGGCAGCUCGCGCAGAACCCCUAUCUCGUCGAUAUCGGCCUCUCGAGCAACCCGUGGAGCUGCGAGUGCUCGUACCUCGACCGGGCGCGCGAGUGGAUGUCCCGCAACCGACCGAAGAUCAAUGACUGGCGCAGCGUCACCUGUUCCCUCGGCGUGCCGAUCACCCUGCCGGCGAACGGAUCGGUCGUGGUGAAUUGCGCCGCGUUAACCGGCACGACCUCCGCCGUGGAGACGCGCCCCCUCGAAGCCUAUCUGCUGCUGCUGCUCGCCACCGCGGUGCUGAUAUUCGCUACGGUCGCCCUGGUGUGCGGCGCCUUCCGACACCGUCGCGCCCUGAGAACCUGGGCGGCCAGCCGUUGCGGCUUGCGCGCCUGCUACAAGACCGCCGCGUUCGAGGACCAGGAGAAGCCGUUCGACGCCUACAUCUCGUACUCGGCGGUGGACGAGGCCUUCGUCUCCGCGAUCCUCGUGCCCAGCCUCGAGAACUCCUACCGGCUGUGCCUGCAUUAUCGGGAUCUCGGGGCCGGCGGCAACGUCGCCGACGCGGUCGCCGAGGCCGCUGACUCCUCCAGACGCACCAUCCUCGUACUCUCCAAGAACUUUCUGCACGGCGAGUGGGCGAGGUUCGAGUUCAAGGCCGCCCUGAGGGACGCUCUCAAGGGCAGAGGCCGCUCGGUGAUCCUGCUGUUGGUGGGCGGUGUGUGCCCGCGCGAUCUCGACGCCGAUCUCAAGAAACGGAUCUCGUCGCACACCGUGCUCGUUUGGGGGGACAAGCUGUUCUGGCAGAAGCUCAGGUUCGCCAUGCCGGAGGUGUCCCCGUUGCCCGUUCUCGAGAGGCCCCUGCCGCUGCCGCCGCCGCCGCCGCCUCCCCCGGCCCACCAUCAAUGGACGUAGAGCUGCCGUUCUUUAGAUGUGAACUGUUCCCAAAAGUAUUAUUGAAUCGCAACGUUACGUAUGGUGUAAUUGGACAUCGCAGCGAGGAAGGCACUCCUGACUUAUCGCGACCUUUUCUCUCCUCUACUUAUUAUCAGAAGCAUUUCUCACUAUCGCAAAUACGUACCCGUAAUACGGUGUCCGAAUAAAUAAGCGGUUAUUCGUACUUUUCGAGAAUCGUGAUAGCUUUGUAGUGUGCAAAAUGUAAUUUAGAGCGAGCAAGAGAAAAAGACAAAAAAAAGUGAAGAAAGAAAGAAAGAAAAGUAAGAACGAUGAAGCAUACUACCUGUAAUUCGUAAUUGCAACGAAGUAACGUUUUUUCUCCCCCUCUUUCUACUCGACGAUAGUUUUAAUCGCAACGAUCGAUUCACUAAAAAAAGAAAAAGGAAAAGAGAAAAAAAAAGGAUAAAAAUACAGUUCUUCUCGGUAAAUCUCUUCUUUCAAUCGAAGCGGAGAUCGAUGUACAUAUAGCGAGAGUUUUGUAUAUUUGUAAAAUAGA